AUGAAACUCACAACUGGUAUAGGAGAAAGAAAGAACAAAUACAGUGUGGAAGCAACUAGUGGUGAUGGGUCCGUCAGCCACACCGAGAUUCCGCCAGCCUCGCCAGCGAUUGAUGAUACGCGCUUCCAAGAUGAGGGAACGGGUACUUCACGAACCGAAAAAAGCUAUGUUGCUGCCAAGAAACGUCACGAGGAUGAGGAGAAGGCAAAGCUGGAGAGCUAUGAAGAAAGAAGAAAGAAGGAACGAGAAGCUGAAGAAGAGGAGCUGAAAAAACUAAAAGAGAAACAGGAGCGUAGACGACUAGAACGUGAGCAGGAAGAAUUGGAACAGGCUGAGAAAAAGCGCAAGGAAGACGAACGACGAAAGGAAGAAGAGGAAGCACGUCGUGCCCGACUAGAGGAGGAGAAGAGAAAGAAAGAAGAAGAAAAGAGUAAGCGUCAACAAAUGAGCGGUGCCAGUUUCGCGGGAGGAGUAGGUGGAAGGUGCGGUUGA